AUGCAGCCACCGCAGCAACCCUACGAUUUCUCCAACGAAGAGAACCACCCGAAAUGGCGGGGACUCUUCGUCCCGGCCCUGCGGAAGGUUCAGCAGCAAGUUCACCCCAAUCUCUCAGCAAAAGAAGAUUCUCUCUAUUAUAUUGAAGAGUUGAUCCUUCAACUGCUAAAUAAAUUAUGCAUUGCACAGCCAAGGACAGUUCAGGAUGUAGAGGAGCGUGUUCAAAAGACUUUUCCUCAUCCAAUUGACAAGUGGGCUAUUGCUGAUGCCCAAUCUGCCAUAGAAAAACGAAAACGAAGGACCCCUCUCUUGUUACCUGUGGAUAAAAUUCAUCCCUUAUUGAAGGAAGUUUUAGGGUAUAAAGUAGAUUAUCAUGUCUCUCUUUAUAUUGUGGCUGUAUUGGAGUAUAUCUCAGCUGAUAUUUUGAAAUUGGCUGGUAAUUAUGUUUUUAAUAUCAGACAUUAUGAAAUAUCCCAGCAGGACAUUAAAGUAUCAAUGUGCGCAGAUAAGGUUUUAAUGGACAUGUUUGAUCAGGAUGAUAUUGGUUUGGUUUCACUUUGUGAAGAUGAACCCUUUUCUUCAGGUGAACUAAAUUACUAUGACCUUGUCAGAACUGAAAUCGCAGAAGAAAGACAAUAUCUACGGGAAUUAAAUCUUAUAAUAAAAGUAUUUCGAGAGGCUUUCCUUUCAAACAAAAAACUGUUUGCACCUUCGUCCAUUGCAGAUGGCUUUAAGGAAGCUGUACGGUAUGUUCUUCCACGCCUUAUGCUAGUACCAGUUUACCAUUGUUCACACUACUUUGAAUUAUUAGAGCAAUUGCAAGAAUGCAGUGAAGAACAAGAAGACAGAGAAUGUUUGAAACAAGCUAUUACUGCUCUUCUUAAUUUCCGAUGUAGCAUGGAACGGAUUUGCAACAAGCAUUCACCUAGGCGGCGACCUGCGGAUCCUGUUUGUCGAUUUUAUAACCGUCAGUUACGGAGCAAGCACCUAGCCAUUAAAAAAAUGAAUGAAAUUCAAAAAAAUAUUGAUGGAUGGGAAGGCAAAGAUAUUGGCCAGUGUUGUAAUGAAUUUAUUAUGGAAGGUCCAUUGAUGAGAAUAGGAGCUAAGCAUGAACGUCAUAUUUUUCUUUUUGAUGGCUUAAUGAUUAGCUGCAAAACUAAUCAUGGACAAUCCAGGAUUCCAGGUUAUAGCAAUGCAGAAUAUAGAUUGAAAGAAAAAUUUAUCAUGAGGAAAGUACAAAUCUGUGACAAAGAUGACACUUGUGAGUACAAGCAUGCCUUUGAGUUGAUUUCCAAAGAUGAAAACAGCAUUAUAUUUGCUGCUAAAUCUACUGAAGAGAAAAAUAAUUGGAUGGCAGCCUUGAUUUCUCUUCAGUAUCGUAGUACACUAGAUCGAAUGCUAGAUUCAGUAUUAUUAAAAGAAGAAAAUGAACAACCAUUGAGAUUGCCAAGUCCAGAAGUUUAUCGCUUUGUUGUCAAAGACUCUGAAGAAAAUAUUGUUUUUGAAGACAAUUCUCAAAGUGGAAUCCCAAUCAUUAAAGGAGGAACUGUGGUGAAAUUAAUUGAAAGACUAACCUACCAUAUGUAUGCAGAUCCCAAUUUUGUACGUACUUUUCUUACAACCUAUCGUUCAUUUUGUAAACCACAGGAAUUGUUGAAGUUAUUGAUUGAACGGUUUGAAAUCCCAGAGCCAGAACCUACUGAAGCAGAUAAAUUGGCAGUGGAGAAAGGAGAGCAACCAAUCAGUGCAGAUCUGAAACGCUUUCGCAAAGAAUAUGUCCAACCAGUACAACUUAGGAUACUAAAUGUAUUUCGGCACUGGGUAGAACAUCAUUUUUAUGAUUUUGAGAGAGAUCUGGAGUUACUUGAAAGAUUAGAAUCCUUUAUUUCAACUGUAAAAGGAAAAACCAUGAAGAAAUGGGUAGAAUCAAUUGUUAAAAUCAUCAAGAGGAAAAAACAAGCUCAGGCAAAUGGAAUUAGCCAUAAUAUUACAUUUGAAAGUCCACCACCACCAAUUGAGUGGCAUAUUAGCAGACCGGGACAGUAUGAAACAUUUGAUCUUAUGACCCUUCAUCCAAUAGAAAUUGCACGUCAACUAACACUUCUGGAAUCUGACCUCUACAGGGCAGUUCAGCCUUCUGAACUUGUGGGAAGUGUGUGGACUAAAGAAGAUAAGGAAAUAAAUUCUCCAAAUUUAUUGAAAAUGAUUCGGCAUACCACCAAUCUUACUCUUUGGUUUGAAAAGUGUAUAGUAGAAGCAGAAAACUUUGAAGAACGAGUGGCAGUGUUAAGUAGGAUUAUAGAAAUUUUACAAGUUUUUCAAGAUUUGAACAAUUUCAAUGGCGUAUUGGAGAUAGUUAGUGCUGUGAAUUCAGUGUCUGUGUACAGAUUGGAUCACACAUUUGAAGCAUUGCAGGAAAGAAAACGGAAGAUUUUAGAUGAAGCUGUAGAACUAAGCCAAGAUCACUUUAAAAAAUACCUAGCAAAACUUAAAUCAAUCAACCCACCUUGUGUGCCUUUUUUUGGAAUAUAUUUAACAAAUAUUCUGAAGACUGAAGAAGGGAAUAAUGAUUUCCUUAAGAAAAAAGGGAAAGAAUUAAUCAACUUUAGUAAAAGAAGAAAAGUAGCUGAAAUUACUGGAGAGAUUCAGCAGUAUCAGAAUCAGCCUUAUUGUUUACGGAUAGAAUCAGAAAUAAGGAGGUUCUUUGAAAAUCUCAACCCCAUGGGAAAUGCAUCAGAGAAAGAAUUUACAGACUAUUUAUUCAAUAAAUCACAAGAAAUUGAACCCCGAAACUGCAAACAGCCACCUCGAUUUCCUAGGAAAACAACUUUCUCCUUAAAAUCUCCUGGCAUAAGACCACAUGCUGGCAGACAUGGCUCUACUUCAGGCACUUUAAGAGGACACCCAACACCAUUAGAGAGAGAACCAUGUAAAAUAAGCUUCAGUCGGAUAAAUGAGGCUGAGCAUGAGUCAACAGCAUCAGCACCAACCUCUCCAAACACACCAUCUACUCCACCAGUCUCUGCUUCUUCAGACCUUAGUGUAUUUUUAGAUAUAGAUCUUAAUAGUUCUUAUGGAAGUAACAGCAUCUUUGCCCCAGUGGUCUUACCACAUUCAAAAUCUUUCUUCAGUUCAUGUGGUAGUUUACAUAAAUUAAGUGAAGAGCCACUGGUUCCUCCUCCUCUUCCUCCUCGUAAAAAGUUUGAUCAAGAUGUUUCAACUUCUAAGGGAAACUUGAAAUAUGAUGAUGAUCCUCCUGCUAUUCCACCAAGGCAGCCACCACCUCCAAAGAUAAAGCCUCGAGUUCCUGCUUACAGUGGUCCAUUUGAAGGGCCCUUGCCUAGUCCACCACCACCACCUCCACGAGACCCUCUUCCUGACACUCCUCCACCAGUACCACUUCGACCUCCUGAACAUUUCAUAAACUAUCCAUUUAAUCUUCAGCCACCACCAAUGGGGCAUGCUCAUAGAGAUCCAGAUUGGUUCCGAGAAGCCAGUACAUGUCCAAACUCACCAAAUACUCCUCCAAGCACACCCUCUCCGAGGGUGCCACGUCGCUGUGUGCUUAGUUCUAGUCAAAAUAAUCUUGCCCAUUCUCAAGCUCCCCCAAUCCCACCGAGACAGAAUUCAAGCCCUCACUUACCAAAACUGCCGCCAAAGACUUACAAAAGAGAUCUUUGUCAACCUCCUAUGUACAGAUUGUCAUUGUUAGAACAUGCAGAAACUCCUCAGUGACCUUAGCCAUAUUUAGUCAUUGACACUGGAAUAGUAUUUGUAAAGUUCCUUUUUUUAUUUAUUCAAGACAAGGCAAGGUAUUUUAGUAGUUUUCCAAAUAAUUCUCUUAUAUAAUUCUCUUAUAUGCUUACUGAUGAAAUAAGCUUUUAAAAAUUGGAAAAAUAAAAUCAUUUUAAAGCACACAAGUCCUUUAGCAUUGCCUUCAGGUGAUUAGUAGCAUUAUGGUGUCUUGGAUCCUCAGUACUACCAGUGAUUAGGCCAGUAUAAAAAAUUUGUAUUUUACAAUGUAUUUACACUAAAUUAAUUUAACCAUUGUUUGCACUGGAAAGAAAGAGACAGUGCAUUUUUGGAAUUUUUCAAAUUUGACUUCUAGAGGCCUUUUUAAGAAAAUGAUUUACACAAGUAUAGGGAUGUCAUAUUACUCCUUUUUAAACUUUUUUGGCUAUUCACUUUCUAGUUUUAUCUAUAUCUAACUUACAUGUUCUCAAACUCUUGAAUGUCAUAUCUUAAAAUUGUUGUUGAUGACUAAAAGGAAAAAUGGAAUGAAUCAAAACAAAGAUAUCAGAAUGCACUGUUUUCAUAGUUUUGGCAAAAUGUAAACAAAGAUCACCCAACCCGUUGUGGGGGGUGGGGAGGGAGGGUACAGAGCCUGUGUAUUUAGCAUGAAUCUUUUUCAGAUGUGCCUUUUCGUUUUGUCAGGCAGAUGUCUUUAGCUAAUGAGUUGCCUGCUGUUUUGGAGAACAAAGCUAAUAUGCUAUGUAUGUACAAUUUUGUUUAUAUUGUAUAUUUACAGACAAUGCUAAUAACCUAUAUAAAUUUAAGUGACUCAAGGCCUAUAAUACAGUCUGCUACUUUGCAAAUUCAUACCAUUCCAAGGAAAGUUUUCAAUGGAAUAGCAACCAUGUCUUGCUUUCAAAACCUAAUGACCUACUCUCUGAAUCUCAGUGCAUUUAUUGUAAUUUUUAAAAAUCCUUUUUGAUGACUGGUAGUAUUUAAAUUGCCUUUAUUAAACUUUUUAAACAGGAAAGUAAAUAAAACUUUUCUUUUACUGUUUUGACUACCUUGUUCAAAUUGGUGAAUGAAUCUGUUUUAAUGUAGUACUAUUGUAGCAGCACUUGUAAAAGUGGCCAAAAGCCACGUUUUAUUUACUGAUCUGUGGUCUUUUACUGUGCUUUGUAUCAGAGUUCUUAACAAGAUUAAUAAAUCACCUCAGUCUUAAUUUUUCAGAGAUUUUUAAAAUGUCUUUUCUUC